GUCCGCGCUGUCCGGAGGAGCGCUGCGGUGAAGAGCCUCGGCGUCCGGCCAGCGCUCGCUCACUCUCUCGUCUCCUCGCGCUCCGCCGCCGUCCCGCGCCGACAUGCGCCUGGCCUCCGCGGCGAACGAAGCGUACACUGCCUCGCUAGCCGUCUCGGAGCUGCUGGGGUGCAAGCAGUGCGGCGGGGGCCGCGGCCAGGACGAGGAACUUGGAAUUAGAAUUCCUCGACCACUAGGACACGGACCAAGCAGAUUCAUCCCAGAAAAGGAGAUUCUCCAAGUGGGGAGAGAAGACGCACAGAUGCAUGCUUUAUUUGCAGAUUCUUUUGCUGCUUUGGGUCGUUUGGAUAACAUUACAUUAGUGAUGGUUUUCCACCCACAAUAUUUAGAAAGUUUCCUUAAAACUCAACACUAUCUACUGCAAAUGGAUGGGCCAUUACCCCUACAUUAUCGGCACUACAUUGGAAUAAUGGCUGCAGCGAGACAUCAGUGCUCCUACUUGGUGAACCUGCACGUAAAUGAUUUCCUUCAUGUUGGUGGGGACCCCAAAUGGCUCAAUGGUCUAGAGAAUGCUCCUCAAAAACUACAGAAUUUGGGAGAACUCAACAAAGUAUUAGCCCAUAGGCCUUGGCUUAUUACCAAAGAACACAUUGAGGUAUGUAGUAAUGUAAGUGAUUCCUUCUUUGAGGUCGAAGCCCUCAUGGAGAAGAUGAAGCAGUUACAGGAAUGUCGAGAUGAAGAAGAGGCAAGUCAAGAGGAGAUGGCUUCACGUUUUGAAAUAGAAAAGAGAGAGAGCAUGUUUGUAUUCUCUUCAGAUGAUGAAGAAGUUACACCAGCAAGAGAUGUGUCUCGUCACUUUGAAGAUACUAGUUACGGAUAUAAGGAUUUCUCAAGACAUGGAAUGCAUGUUCCAACAUUUCGUGUCCAGGACUAUUGCUGGGAAGACCACGGCUAUUCUUUGGUAAAUCGACUUUAUCCAGAUGUGGGACAGUUGAUUGAUGAAAAAUUUCACAUUGCUUACAAUCUUACUUAUAAUACAAUGGCAAUGCACAAAGAUGUUGAUACCUCAAUGCUUAGACGGGCUAUUUGGAACUAUAUUCACUGCAUGUUUGGAAUACGAUAUGAUGACUAUGACUAUGGUGAAAUUAACCAGUUAUUGGAUCGUAGCUUUAAAGUUUAUAUCAAAACAGUUGUUUGCACUCCUGAAAAAGUUACCAAAAGAAUGUAUGAUAGCUUCUGGAGGCAGUUCAAGCACUCUGAGAAGGUUCAUGUUAAUCUGCUUCUUAUAGAAGCUAGGAUGCAAGCAGAACUCCUUUACGCUCUGAGAGCCAUUACUCGCUAUAUGACCUGAUGCCUUUCCUCCAUUAAAGAUGAUUCUGGAAUGCUCAGCAAAUAUAGUCUACAAGGGGAAGGUACCAAGCCCCAGGACCAAUGGUAGAUAAAAGAAUUCAGAAUCCAUUGUGCCAUGAUUCCUUUAGUUUCUGCUAUUCUACUGUGGAAAUGCCACUGCUGGCACAAGCAGUGAGUGCUUGGCAGCUUAAGGUUUAGAGCCAUGAAGAAGGGCUGCUGUUCACAGUAUUUUGCUUCUUGACAGUACAAGAUGCUGAAUAAUUGUUAUAAUACAGCAACUAGUAAUUCUCCAAAUCCUGUUGCUUUUAUGUUAAAUAAGAUAACAAGAAUUGGAGCAUGCAGAGAAUGGGACUUCGAUAAUGACUAAGAUUUACACAAAGAAUUUUAGAAGAACUUGGUGCUGCUAUCCUGGCUGGUGGAAUGAAUUAGAUGGCUGUUACAGUUAAGCCAGUAGUGACUCAAGUGAACACUGCUAUUAUCUGAGCCUACGUACAGAAUUGGUGUGGUUUCCAAUUAAACUUGUGUACAUGAGGGUGGGGGGUGCAUCUAAAAAACCAUAGAAUUAUUACAGCUAAGACUGUUUUGAUGAUAACAUAUCAUUUCUUUCAUUGUAGUUUUUAAAUUCAGUUAUUGGAUGAUACUAAAUUACAGAGGCAUUGUUAAAGAUUUUCUUCAAAAAGCAAUCUUAAAUGAAAUUGUGUGAAUUGUAGAAAAACUGGCUGUGUUUUGUUAAGCUGUUUCACAAGAUUCUCCAACAUUGGAGCAGCUGUCUGUGGGAAAUGUCACUGUAGACUGCUGUGCAGUCCCGGGUGCCAUCCACCCCUGUGCUCCAUCCACCUAAUGGUCCCUACUUUAAAGGAUGUGCAGCUCCUUAAAUAAUAAAAGCUGGAAAAUAUUUUUAGUCAGGUUAUCACAUUUGAUUUACAAAACUGCUAACUUUGAAAUACAAACAGGUUUGAAAAAAUGUAUUAAGUACUUUGUAUUCUGGAAGCGUGAAUUUGCUUUUGAAGUCUGUCAGUAUUACUGGUAUUUUUCAAUAAAGAAUAAUUUUCUCCAA